AUGACCCUCUAUCAUUUAGACACUUACAACUGCCUUGAGACUAUGAUCCAAGACGAGAUUGACUGCGAGAUACACUCCCCCAACAGUACUAACAGCACCAAUAGCAACCGAGACAGGUAUGUCUGUCAGCUGUGCGAACCUUACAAAAGGAAAACGUACGCCACGAGGGGGUCAUUCCGCCGACAUGUAUCCACUGAUCACCGUCCUCGGUAUAGACAUUUUUGCCCUCUUUGUGACUGGGAUACUUGCCGGAGGGACAAGGUCUGGGGACAUUUUCGGCUGAGACACCCACCACCAGCCAAGCUCAGACCGAACGAUAUCAAGCGUAUCAAGCUCAGGAUACCGAGAGAUUGUCCGUUAUGCAAGAAGUCCGUGCAGUCCUGGGAGGCUUACUUCAACUGUGUCUCCGAGCAUUGCCGCAUACAGAACGGCAGCUCCCCGGCAACGAGUGGAGUUCAAAGCAGAAGAAACAGUGGGGAUAGUGGGAGUGGUGGCGAUGGAUUUAAUGGCCAUUUGGCUCCCGGAAACCCGUUUGAUGGACAUGGACCUCAGACCCAGUUUCCAAAUGGAGGUGGGAACAAUCCAAAUAACGGAGACAAUUACUUCUCUGGACAUGGAUCCUAUUUCAAUGGAAACAGCUACUCCAGGGGGAGCAACUUUGCACAAAUGAUUGAGCAGAGACUCUCGCACCCCCUUAGCUCGGUUCCAGAUAGAGAUGAUGCUUCCCCAGACCCUGCAUUGUUUUCUCAUCAUCCAGGAAGGAAAGCCAGCGGGAUAAGCCAUCUGAAACCAAAUAGUCUUUCGAGUCACCACCAGCUUCUUGAUUCCACCAUACAAAGGAACCCACAGGCUAUUCCGCCUGUGGAUCAUUCGAGAUACCACAGCGGGAGAAAGCCACAGAAUCCGAGGGGCCCUUCUGGAACAACAUCUUUCACCGACAGGAUGCCACCCCUGAGGACAUCGUUCAAAGAUCUGUCUCCCAAGAACUCUCAAGAACGCCCUGCAUCUGAGCCUCAGAAUUUGCCCCCAGAUAAAUGCAAGUCAUGUGGCCAUAUAAUGAAGAGUUGCGUUGAAUGCAAGCUUCAGAAGGGUACUGGGGAUAGAUGCCAUCUGUGCACUGGUAAAGCCAGCCAGCAGCACGGAGCGCUUAGGGUUCUGGAAGAGUAUGACCAAUACUAUGAUUUUGCGUGCAAUGGCAUGUCAGACCGGAACCGCUCAGCGUCAAAGAUUGUUUGGGCCUUAGAACAAGUGUCCCAGGCUUUUAAGCCAAAAGAUGGUCCAUGUAUAACUGGAAUCAGCCGCGCAGCCACAGAUGCUUCGUCCGAAGGGUCGUGUCAGGGGGCCUCAGUUAUGAAAGCUAUCGACAUGGCGUAUGCGCUUCAGGCCUCCGAGCAGCCUACCUUCAAAACCAUGGGCUCCAACAAUUCGACAAGGGCUCUCUUAAGUACCUGGGAGGCCCAUGUUAUCCGAUCUCGUUUCAUAACGAUGACUCUAGCUCCGUGCUCACCGCAGAUGUAUAACAAUUUUGGGCAUUUGGGCUCGUUGAAAGGCAUUCAUAUAGAACUUUCUGAAGUUCUAGACGACACACGGAAUAAUAUUGGAGAUACAAGUGUUGCGUAUAAUAUUGAUUCACAGAAGGCAGCAGCGCUAGCAUUUGCUGCUGAGCAUGUCAUCCCACGCCUUUCGACGGCUUCCGAAAGCCUUUGUACAAUUCAAUCGAAAAUCAUGUCUUUCAACAACCCUCAAAUUAGGACUUUUUCAGUCGGGCCGCAUGAAAACAGACAGUCUUCUCAACAUUCGAAUUUUUUGAUAGCACCCAGUUCAGCCAAAGUCCAGCUGACGCGCAGGAGGCACUCUAGAUUGCGAAAAAAGCUUCAGGUGAUCAUCGAGAUCCUUGUAUUACAAGCAUCUGUCGCCCAUACGCUCCCAGUCUCGAAGCAGUUGGAAGAUAGGGACCCAAGGAAUCCUAUUGCAGAGUCUACAGACACUGAUCUCAUUGAGGUCGGUAGCGACCUUGACUCGUCCGAUCCCAAUUUCCUACCUCAGUGGCUCCGGGAAACGAUUUCCAUAUUUUCUGCAGGGCUGAUAGACAAUAUUGAGUCUACGAUGCUUGCAACACCGAUGUACAAAGCUGAAGAAGAGAUUUGGCCCAAGGUCAAGACGUUUGUAGGAUCUAUGGCGAGCUACCUGGAAACUCCCGUUAGCCCGACAGUGAUCGAACAGCAUAUUGCUGAAUAUAGGAAACUCAGGUAA